GCCCCGGGACGGGUUUUACCGCUGAGCUGUGGCGGCGACGGCGGCGGGCUCGCGCCACCUGUCCGAGUGCCACCUGGUCUCCGCCUAGCUGGGGCUAAGCAAGAACUCGAUGUGACAGUGCGGUGACGGAGGCUCCGGGGACCCUUGGAACGGAGUGGGGAACCUGCCCCCUACCAUCAUGCCGCGUUCGUUUCUUGUUAAGAGCAAGAAGGCUCACAGUUACCACCAGCCUCGUUCCCCGGGACCCGACUAUUCUCUCCAACUGGAGAAUGUACUGGCGCCAGGCGGAGCAGACAGCCCCUUGGGCGCAGUGGGGUCGAAGGCGGAGCCCCGGGGCCGUUUGUCCCCCCAGUCGCAGCUGACCGAGGCCCCUGACAGAGCCUCCGCGUCCCCCGGCAGCUGUGAGGGCAGUGUCUGCGAUCGGAGCUCGGAAUUUGAGGACUUCUGGAGGCCUCCGUCGCCCUCUGUGUCUCCAGCCUCGGAGAAGUCGGUGUGCCCACCGCUGGACGAAGCUCAGCCCUUCCCCCUGUCCUUCAAGCCCUACUCGUGGAGCGGCCUGGCGGGUUCUGACCUGCGGAAUUUGGUGCAGAGCUACCGACCAUGCGCGGCCCUGGAGCGCGGCGCCGGCCUGGGCCUCUUCUGCGAGCGCACCCCGGAGCCAGGCCACCCCGCGGCGCUGUACGGCCCGGAGCGGACGGCGGGCGGCGCGGGGGCUGGGGCGCCCGGGGGAGGUAGCGCAGGAGGCGGCGCUGGCCUGGGGCUCUACGGCGACUUCGGGCCGGCAGCAGCGGGGCUGUACGAGCGGCCGUCGGUGGGCGGGCUGUACCCCGAGCGUGGCCACGGGCUGCACGAGGACAAGGGCGCCGGUGUCAAGGUGGAGUCGGAGCUGCUGUGCACCCGCCUGCUGCUGGGCGGCGGCUCCUACAAGUGCAUCAAGUGCAGCAAGGUGUUCUCCACGCCGCACGGGCUCGAGGUGCACGUGCGCAGGUCUCACAGUGGCACGAGACCCUUUGCGUGUGAGAUAUGCGGCAAGACGUUCGGGCACGCGGUGAGCCUGGAGCAGCACAAAGCCGUGCACUCACAGGAAAGGAGCUUUGACUGUAAAAUCUGUGGCAAGAGCUUCAAGAGGUCAUCGACAUUGUCCACACACCUUCUCAUCCACUCAGACACCCGGCCCUACCCCUGUCAGUACUGUGGCAAGAGGUUCCAUCAGAAGUCAGACAUGAAAAAACACACCUUCAUUCACACUGGUGAGAAGCCCCACAAGUGCCAGGUGUGUGGCAAGGCAUUCAGCCAGAGCUCCAACCUCAUCACCCACAGCCGCAAGCACACAGGCUUCAAGCCCUUUGGCUGCGACUUGUGUGGGAAGGGCUUCCAAAGAAAGGUCGACCUCCGGCGGCACCGGGAGACACAGCACGGGCUCAAAUGAGUGCCCUGGCUGUCCACAAGCAACAGUUACACAACACUAGGGAGGGCAGCCUCCCCACUGGCCACCACCCACUCUGACUUUUCAGGCCCCUCAAUCUGCAGAUCCCAUCAGCCUGAUCCUUCUUCACCUCACUUCCUGGAGCUGCCAGAGGGGAUCAUUACCUUUUCAAAGUUCAUCCUGAAGUGGGAACCAAAUGACUCACUAUGCUUUGGACACAUGUAAUGUGCUCCUUUACACCUGAAGAUUUGAGUCAAGAGGGGAUCAGAUAAAAUCUUGGGCCCCUCAGUCCUUCCCAUUCCCAGCCCUGCUCCAAAGACAGGAAGGUCCUUCAGGUUUCUUCCCUCAUCCUCCUGACCUACCCCAGAUACUUGUGUGGAAGAGGAGGAAUCACCAUUUACAAGGUAGACACACGCUAAUGUUUUUUAAUCUAGAAUGGAGAAUGAGUGUUAUUUUUAUAUUUUUUCUUUUGGGGAGUCUGUUGACCCCUUUCUGUUGGGUGCUGCCUGUAAAUCUCGGAGGAAUCAUUUCUCCCACUUGAAGACUGGUUCGGGAACUGAUUUGGAGAGGCAGUUUCACACUUUUGAAAUUACAAGAUACACUUUACAGCCUGCCCCAAGAAAGAGUUGAAGAACAGUGGACUUGGUGAUGAGAAGCGAUCAGAGGCCUCCGUCAGAGGGGGUGAAAGCACAGAGCAGCGCCUUUGGACAAGAUAUCAUCCAUUUACUCAGCAAAUGUUUGUUGAUCACCGGUUACCAUGGUACCAGGCCCUAUGCUAGGUACGGGGAACCAGAGAUUAAGGUCAUGACCUCUGCCCUUAAGCUUCAAAAGCUAACAUUCUCACUCCAAGUGUCUGGGUCUGUUCUUUCCCUCCAAAGGGAUUCUGAGAAGACAAAAGGAAUCUUGAACCUUCCCUUCUGACCCGCUGGAUUUUAUCAACCACAUACAAAAAAUAACUGAACAGAUACUUCAAAGAUGUGUGUGUAUAUUCAGUUUUUUAUUAUCAAGCUGAUUUUUAAAGCUGUCUAAACUAGCAGGCAUGUGGGAGUGAAGGCUCUGUCUUCAACUCUUUGCCCUUCCCUGUGUACCAUCGAGGAAAACAAAUCGUGGCAUUUUCCUUUGAUGGGGUUUAUAAAUGUCCUUUAGAUCUUCUGGAGUGC